AGAAAAAAGUGAAAGGAGAAAAACAAGAAGAAAAAAAGAGAGAUGAUUAUGUGAUGUUAAAGGUGAAGAAGAUACAAAGAAGGUAAAAGAGCUGAAAAUGCCCCGAGGGAAGCAGGUGAACAAAGUAUUCGGACUUAAUGUCCACAGUUGAUUAGAAAUUAAAGAAAACGACCCAACAUGAUUAUGAAGAUGAAGUCGCUAUGAUAGAAAAUCCUAUGGAAAUUUCUCUUUUCCAUCUCCUAUAAACUCGACUGAAGGAAACUCAGUUCGAUCGAAGGCUGGGCCUAAGCUGCGUCAACAUUUAGCAGAAUAUUCAGUUGGAUAACUUUAAAUGCGCAUGAAAGGUGAUCUUUCCCCUCGUUAGAACCUUUAGCUUCCCCUUAAGAAGAAACUAUUUCAUGAACAAACUUUAUUCUUGUUAUUGUCUCGAUUACAAUGUUUCAGUGAACACACGAUUCUCGCCCUCUCAUCAUUGUAUCAUUUUCACCUCAACAAUCGCCUCAGGUAAUCAAUUCUACUUCUACUUCAAGUAAUUGUUUCUCUUUGAUUCCAAGUUGAUAUUUUGUCUGUGUAAUGGAUACAAAGAAAUCAAUGGCUGAUACAAAAAAAAAAAUGGGCAAAUCCAGCUACAAGCAUAUUCCUCAUCGUGAAAAACCAGCACAUCUUGUUGCUCGUCGUAAUGCCCGUGAACGACGGCGAGUUCAAGCCGUAAAUAGUGCCUUUGCCGUGCUAAGAACAUUUGUCCCCGUUGAGAACCGAAAUAAGAGAUUAUCCAAAGUGAAAACAUUACAAAAAGCGAUCGAAUAUAUUUCCCAUCUACAAGAGCUGCUCAACGAAAGUGAUUGUGGUUUCGAUAUUAAUAACACAGUUAAUUGCUCAGAUAAUUCAUUGUCCUCAUCACCCCAUUCAUCUUCUUCGUCUUCUUCAUCAGUCUCAUCCCCAUCAUCCACAUCAUCAGCUUCAUCUUUAAUCCUUUCCCCUGGAUCUACUGUUAAUCUCAAUGAAAACAAUAUCGUUAAUAACAAUGAUAUUACUCAUCUUUUGAUGGACACAUCGGUUGACAUCAAGUUGAUCAGCCAACAAUCAACUGAAAUUUAUUCAGAUACAAUGUUUUUAAAUUCACCUGAUGAAAUGAUUUGUGAUAAUAUUAAUAAGGAAAAUAUCGUUGAAACAAAAUGGAAUCCAAAUGAUAAUGUUAACCACAAUCAUAAUCACAACAAUAAUCAACAGCAACACCAAAAUCAACAUCAUCAUGGAAACAUGGAUUAUUUUAACAACAAUACAAAUCAUCAAUAUGAAUCAUGUAACUAUUCAUAUUAUCAACCAUUUUGUUCAAAUGCUCCUUACGAUGGUUACUCUCAAGUAACAAUUUAAAUUGUAGUAAGAUAAUUGACUUGAUUACUCUCAUCGUGGCCAUAAUUAACUAUCUAGUGAAUAAGUUAACCAUCCAAAGCUGAUCAAUGGUCAUCAUCAAUUUCAUACAAUUCUUGUCAUCAAUGAAACGGGUCACAUUAAUUAGACAAAGAAAAUCAACACGAAGACAGAAACAAAAACCAAAAGCCCAAAGACAAUGUUAAACUGUAAAUAAUCAAUUAAUUGUGAGCGAUAGUAAACAAAUGGACCUUCAAAUUUACCAAAACUAUUUGACAAUCAAUCACCAAUUAAUCAAUUGAUCAACCAAAUGAUCAACAACAAACAAGCUAAAAGUUGAAUGAAUCUCGUUUACCAAAUGAAAAAUUUGCCAUUUUUAUUAUAUUAUAACUAUUGAAAUCUUGUCUCAAGAAUUCAAUUGUAAAUUAAUUAUUGUAAAUUGUAAAAAGUGUAACUUUUACAAAUUGUUGAGACUGAUUAAGGAUCAAGGAUAAUCCUCGGUAAGAUAUUGACAGAUUCGAUUAGUAAUUGUUACACUUAAUUACAAUAAACGGUUACAGUUUGGGUCUAAACGGGUUUUUGUAUUAUUACCUAAUCGUAAAAUAAAACAUUGAACA